AACCAUUUGAUGCAGGUCUUGAAUAUUUCCUAUUUCGCAAUCAUUUUUUUCUGCCAAUUCCGCAGUUACGCUUAUUAUCAGUGUUUGCAUAGCACAUGAUUCGCGGGCAGCCAAUGGGCGAGUUGGUUUUUUUAACCCGGGUUAGUGCGUCAGCGCUGUUAGCCGGGAGAAAUCUGCAUCGCACUCAGUUCCUGCGCCUCUUAAAAGAAAAUAUAGACCCAAUGCUGACCGUGAUAUGACAGUAUCACUGCUCCUCAAGCCACACUGGAUCGACUCGGUGAUGUAUCUUUAUGGGAAUAAAUCGGAUGAGAUUAAUACGAAUAACGGCGUGAUGGAAGGGUUUGUCGGUGCGGGGAAUUUCACCGCGAACCAGUGCAGGAAUUUAAUGGCCCACCCUGCGCUCGGGGCUCAUCCGGCACCUUUGGUUCACGGUUCUGGGUACUCGACGGUCGAUGUGUCCGGCCCCGGGAUGGUGGAACCCGGCAAGCAAUGCACCCCAUGCCCGGUGCCCCAGGCCUCCACCGCCGCUCCUUUACCGUACGGAUACUUCGGCAGCGGUUACUACUCCUGUCGAAUGGGUCGGAGCCCCAUCAAACCGUGCACUCAGCCGGCCACGCUCUCCGGUUACCCAGGAGACAAGUACAUGGACAGCCCGGUGCCGACCGACGAGUACCCUGGACGGCCUAAGGAGUUCACCUUUUAUCAUGGCUAUGCCAGUCCUUACCAGCCAAUGCCAAGCUAUUUGGACGUUUCCGUCGUCCAAACUAUAAGUGGCGCCGGAGAGCCGAGACAUGAAGGCUUGGUGCCUAUGGACGGCUACCAGCCCUGGGCCCUGAAUGGAUGGAAUAGUCAAAUGUACUGUCCGAAGGAACAAGCGCAGCCGGGACAUCUAUGGAAAUCCACGCUCACAGCAGAUGUCCCUGGGCACCAACAGGAUGGAAACUCCUUUCGCCGCGGGAGGAAGAAGCGGAUUCCUUACACCAAAGUCCAACUGAAAGAACUGGAGAGGGAAUACACCACAAAUAAAUUCAUCACGAAAGAUAAGAGAAGGAAGAUCUCGGCGGCCACGAACCUGAGCGAACGGCAGAUCACGAUUUGGUUUCAAAACAGAAGGGUGAAGGAAAAGAAAGUGAUCGCAAAAGUAAAAACCAACACACCUUAAUUAAAGAUAUAUUUUUGAAAAGGAUAAAUCAGACUGAUCAAGAGAAGUGUAUCAUAGUGGAUCGUGAGGAAUUGGUGGCCAGGGGUUUAAAUGAACACAUCUUUCACGGAGUUGUGGCUGCAGAAUGCUAUCUCAUUUUUUCGGUAAUGGAGGAUUUGUUAUGGAAUGACAUUAAAACGUGGACUAAAAUACAUGGUCAGAGUGUAAAUAUAAUUAUAGCAACGCUGUAACCAUACCGACAUCAAUGUGUAUUCUGAGUUUUACGCUAGUGAAGGAAUGCAACAUAUGUCUUGGUGUAGAAGCUGUUUUAUGUUUUAUUUAGAUCGCGUAUGAAAACUAUUGCUUGUUGCCUGCAGUAAAUCCGCAUUAACGCUGUUCUUAAUCAAAAACAGUCGAGGGAAAUAUUAAUAAAACAGGUUUAAUGGUUUUGCGACUCUUUUAAUUUUGUCGAACAUUAUUUUACAAGGAAUGUCCCCGCAUUCCGGAUCCACUUAAUAUUAGGCAAGCAAGUUUUAAACAAAAAUCGAAGUAGGUAUCUGGUCAUGUAAUAUUUGGAUGUUACACAUAAUGAGACGACAAUCCUAGUGUUUUAGCACUGGGAUAGCAACGAAUUAUUCUUGAUUGAGCCAGAAACUGUACGGAAUAUUGGAUGGCUUAUCAUUAAAAAAAAAGAUAUUCGCCUUAUUAUUUAAAUAUUAGCAGGUGCUCGCUAUUUGAAAUCGUAGCGUGCCGCAAAACGUACUUUUGGAGAUUGUCAGUUGAGUAAAGUCGAAGCUUAAUACCAGCUAGGAUUGGACGAAAUUAGCCGGAA